AUGUCGGUGUUUAAUGCACAACAUUAUAUAUCCGUGUUUCUCAUUUUCAAUGUUAUUAAACAUGGAGUAACUCAACGUAACUGCAGCUCUUCGUCCGUUGACUGCGGUAGUAAACGUUGUUGUAGAGUGAGUAACAUGCCUUUGAUCAAAGUCUGUAGCAAUGACUGUCUUGGCAAAGCAUGUGUGAAUGUUCAUCAUUGUGGUGGUGAUUACAGCAUGUGCUGUAAGAAUAACGUUUGUACAAACGAUAUAAAUAUGUGUGGUUGUACAUCUGUUGAUGAUCCUAUAUGCAGGCGUGACGACAAAUAUUGCUGUCAAGCACGCAUCAAGCAUCGAAUAAGAACGUGCAAAAAGUACUGUGAACAUCAUCCAUGUAGUAAGGACUACGACUGUGCUGAAGGCGAAUGUUGUAACAGUAAAAAUGUGUGUUCGCCUGAUUGUAGCUACCUACGAGAAUGUAGGACUGACUCGGAUUGCACGCAUAUUUUAAAAUGUUGUGACUUCAAACCAAGCUACAAAACAGAGUCUAUGAAAGCAUGUAUGUAUACAUGUAGCAAGCGUUGUGUGACAAAUGACGACUGCACAGAUCAAUGCUGCGGAAGUGAUAAACUAUGUACGGAUUGUAAUAAUUCAGCGUAUUCUUGGACGACGUUUAUUAUCAUCGCUUGUGCUAUAUUUACCAUUAUCUGUGCCGCUCUUGUGUUGACCUGCUGCUGCAGUAGACGAAGAGGACGGUGUGUGUUCUUUAAACCCAGGGUUGACGAAGAGACAUUCGAGUUACGCAAUGAAUCAGAAACUGAAGAAAUUAUAGACAAUGUUUCUCGUGUACAAAAUAAUCCCUCAGAUCAAAAUCUCCCCCCACCUCCGUAUUCAAUUGAGGAUCAAGCUUUCCCAGCAUCACAGAAUCAAGAAUUUCCACCAAUAUACAGGCCACAAGAAACUUGA